AUGUCCAGUCCAGCAGAGUUCGAGAGUGCACCGGAGGAUUUCGUUGACACGUUGGAUGAGAACGGUAGCAGACCGCAGGGUGAUAUAGAACAAGCUGUAGGGUCGCAGAGUACUGGUGAGGGUCAAAAUGGUGGAGAACCGAAGGAAGACGGGAAAACUGCCGAUGAGAAGGCUCGUUCUGUUAUAUUUCAGGACAUACUGUUCUAUUUGAAUCGGAGUGCUCUAAGGCAGGAUCCCUCCGCAGACGUUGGACAGUUGAAGAAACUGAUCGAAGAACGCGGCGGAAAAGUACUGAAUGAACUGCCCGGGGAGGGCGUCAAGAAUGCAUUUGUGGUGUCGCCCUACAACGAUACUAAGUUACCGACCGUGACAUCUACUUAUAUUAGAGCAUGCUGUCAGAACGAGAGGCUGUUGAAGAUCGAAAAUUACCUGGUGCCGUUUGAUGAGUUUCGUUCCGUGAUUGACACCGAGUUACAGAAUGAGCAGCAAAAUGGGAAGGGGGAUGCGUCUUACGCGGAAGCAGAGGGUCGGGAUGAGCAAAAAGUGUCGAAGGACGACGGAGAUCAGUCCGAGACGGCAACUAAGGCUGACGCCCUGGCUGGUCCAACACGUGUCAAUGUCGCAUUGCAGGAACCUGAGAAACAAGAGGAAGCAGAGGAUACCAAGCAAAAGAAGCAGGGCGGGGAGAUUCUGGCGGAGAUCGUUGAUCAAACUUCUGCGAAAGUUGAUGAGACCGAGGGAGGUAGCGACGUCUCUAGCGACCAGACCUUCCAGACGAAUGGAGUAAUGCUUAGCCGUGCUAACCUGCCUGCCCACAACAAGGCAUCGUUUACGGAAGAAGAGGACGAGUUCAUUCUUGACGUUGUGAGAAAGAAUCCGACAAGAAGGACCACUCAUACCCUUUACGAUGAAAUAUCUCAUUACGUACCUAACCACACUGGAAACUCGAUAAGGCAUCGUUUCAGAGUCUACUUGUCCAAGAGACUUGAAUUCGUGUAUGAGGUUGACAAAUACGGAAAGCUGGUGCGUGAUAAGCAAGGAAAUUUAAUCAAAACUAAGAACUUGCCGCCUUCGAUAAAGAAAAAAUUUACCGCAGAAGAAGAUUAUUCGUUGGCUAUUGGAAUUAAGAAGCAGUUUUAUCGAGAUCUCUAUCAGGUCGAUCCUGAUACAGGUACUUCUUUGAUUUCAGAGGAGGACAGCCCAACGGCGGUUGCAAAGAGAAACAUGACAAUGGAUCCGAAUCACGUACCAGGUACUGAGCCUAGCUUCCAGGACUAUCGAGUCAAUGAUCGUAGAGGUCCAAUUGCCAGGGAGUUUUUCAAGCAAUUUGGCGAGAAUAAUCCGACGCACACAGAGAAUGCUUGGAGAGAUAGGUUCAGAAAGUUUCUGCUGGCAUACGGUAUCGACAAUUACAUUCAAUAUUAUGAAACAGAGAAAAGUCAAGGAAAUGAGCCGGAGCCGAUGAAAAACCUUACGAACAGGAUCAAGAGACCAGGCAUACCAACACCUGGGAAUUACAACUCUGCGGCCAAGAGAGCUAGGAACUAUGGCUCUGAGAAAGAAUCACCAGGGGGUGACAACACAGCGGCAGCAUCCACAGCAGCUGCGGCUGUCGCCGCUGCGUCAGGAAAUACAGGUGGCAACGUCGAAUCCGGAGCCGCUCAAUAUGCUAUCCCUGAAAGUGACUUGCUUGAUGAGGACACAAUGAAUUUUAUCUCAAGCUUGAAGAAUGAUUUGUCCAAGAUCGAUAAUGGCAUACCAUUCGAGUACCCUCAAGAAAUCGCGGAGGCUAUCAGAAACGACUUUUCAAAUGAAGAGGCGAUAUACGAUAAUAUUGAUCCUGAUACGAUUCCUUUCCCACCAGAGAUUGCAAGCAUUGAUUUAUUUUUGCCGCAAUUCUUUCGCAUGUCAAGUACUAGAGAGUUCUUGGAUAAGCUGCAUGAAGUUAUUUCAAGAGAUUACGAACCGUCACAGGCAGAGAAACUUGUUCAAGAUCUUUGCGAUGAGGCUGGUGUCCGCAAGACCUUCAGCACUAGUAUCCUUACUGCCCUCUCUGGUGACUUGAUGGUAUUCCCAAGAUAUUUCCUGAACAUGUUUAAGCAUAGCUCCAAUCCACCAGCGGAUGUUCCUGGAAUAUGGACUAGAGAAGAUGAUCGCAUGCUAAGAUCCAACAAGGAAGAUGAAAUAAGGGCUUUGAUAAAGAAACAUGGGACCGGUAGGAUGGAAAUGAGAAAAAAAUUUGUGGAAAAGGAUUUGAUUUAG